AUGGAUCAAAUUCUCACCUGGGUACUCGUUUUAAUCCUUUUUCUCUCUGGAUCAAUCAAUUCCGAGGAGGAAGAUGUGAAUCAAUCAUUGGUUCAGUUCUUUGAAAAGCUGUCUGCUGGCAACGUUCAAGAUGGAUGGGGUUGGAACAUGAAUUCAGACCCUUGCGCUGACAAAUGGAUUGGAAUUAAAUGUGAUUCGAAGUCGAGAUUCGUUAGGAAAAUAGUUCUUGAAGAGAUGAAUCUUUCAGGAAUUCUUGAUGCUGAUUCUCUCUGCAGAACAACUUCUCUUGUUCACUUGAGCCUUAAAGGCAACAAUAUUACUUCGUCAGUGCCUAAAGAGUUGGGAAACUGCAAAGGUCUAACUCACUUGUAUUUAAACAGGAAUCACUUCUCAGGUAGUCUUCCUGACUCUCUAUCUCUGUUAAGUAAUUUGAAGAGGCUUGAAAUAGCAGACAACAAAUUUUCUGGUGAGCUUCCUGCGGAUCUUCUGCGAAUUUCAGGCUUGAUUACUCUCUUUGCAGAAAAUAAUGAGCUUUCUGGAAGGAUACCCAACUUUGAUUUCUCUGAUCUUGUGCAGUUCAAUGUCUCUAACAACAAUCUUAGUGGCCCAAUUCCUGAUGUCAAAGGCAGAUUAACUGCAGACAGCUUUGCAGGAAAUCCAGGACUGUGUGGUCCUCCACUCCCAAUUGAAUGUCCACCAUCUGCUUCAACUCCAAAAGACAAGCCAAAAAGCUCAUCGUUGGAUCGUUUUCUGAUCUAUAUAGGCUACAUAAUUCUCGUAGCGAUUGUUGUGGUGUUCCUUGUCUUUAAAUUAGUGGGUAAGAAGAAGUCCAAGGUAGCGAACUUUGAAGGCGUACAAAGGGGAAGAGUGGUUGAUAACAAGUCUAGUAGUCCUUUCAUUGAAUUGAAGAAUGGUGGGAGUAAAUCUGAGUACUCAAUAAGUUCAGUUGAAAAUAGAACUGGGUCAUCUUCACUUGUAGUUCUAACAAGUCCAAUAUCGAAUGUAUUAAAAUUCGAGGAUCUGCUCCGCGCACCAGCAGAAUUAAUGGGACGAGGAAAACACGGAAGCCUUUACAAGGUCAUGCUUGAAAAUGGUAGGAAAACCUUGGCUGUCAAAAGGAUCAAGGAGUGGAGUAUUUCAAGUGAAGAUUUCAAAAGAAGAAUGAGGAGAUUAGAUCAAGUGAGGCAUCCAAAUGUACUGCCCCCAGUUGCAUUUUAUUGCUCCAACCAAGAAAAGCUCUUGGUUUAUGAAUAUCAGAAGAAUGGAAGUCUCUUUAGGAUUCUUCAUGGUUCCAAAAAUGGACUAGUCUUUGACUGGGGAAGCAGAUUAAAUAUCGCUGCUAGUAUCGCAGAGGCCUUGGCGUUCACGCAUCAGGAGCUUUGCAAAGAAGGGAUACCUCAUGGCAACCUGAAAUCCACAAACAUUUUGUUUGAUGACAACAUGGAUCCUAUAAUAAGCGAAUAUGGGCUGAUGAUAGCUGAGAAUCAAGGUCAACAAUCAUCAGUUUCUGCAUCGUUGACCUACGAAAACAAUGAUUCAAGUGAUGAUCAUCAAGGCCAAGUUUACAGAGAUUUCAAGGGUGAUGUUUGUGGAUUUGGUUUGAUCCUUCUCGAGCUGCUAACAGGAAAGCUGGUGAAGAACAAUGGGUUGAAUUUGGGAAGUUGGGUGAAGUCGGUGAUUGAAGAAGAAUGGACUGGUGAAGUUUUUGACGAGGCAUUGUCAUCAGGAGGAGCAAGUGAAGAGAGGAUGGUGAGGCUUUUACAGGUUGCAUUGAAGUGCAUAAACCCUAAUUUUGGGGAAAGGCCAGACCUGAAACAAGUUGCUGGGGUCAUAAAUUCUAUUAAAGAGGAAGAAGAGAUAUCCAUAAGCUCAGAGCAAUGACAUAUAAG